AUGGCUAGCAGGUCAAGGAGAAACCAACCCGGAACUCGUCCUGAGUUUCCAUGGUACUCUUUCCCACGAGAUGUUGCACCCGCGGUACACGCACGUUGGACUGCAAAGCUAGAGUUACUGAGGAAACGACGAGUGCAUGUUCCAGCCGUAGUUGAUUGGUAUUGGGUUGGUCAAUCGGGUUUGAUGGAUGUCGUGGAAUCUUAUUUCGACAAGUUGUUUAAUGGAGUUGAUGGCCAAUUCAUGUGCUUAGGGUGGAGACAGAUCUUUGAAAUCCAAGAGGUGGUUUAUACAGAAUCGAUUCACGGUUUCUUUUACAAAAAAGGAUGGGAUAUAUGCCGAUGA